CUACCCAUCAGCAGCAAUGCCCUCCAAAAUCCUCGUCAUCGGCGCCGGCGAACUCGGCACCCAAGUCCUACUCGCCCUCGCCUCACACCCAAACCGCAAGGAUACAGACAUCUCCGUCCUCCUGCGCCCCUCAAGCAUAUCCUCAACAGACCCAGCAAAACUCUCCGAGCUAGCCACACUCAGGAACAACUCCAUCCCCCUCGUCCCAGGCGACAUCGCAAGCGCAACCACUUCCGACCUCUCUUCCAUAUUCAAAAACUACGACACAAUCAUCAGCUGCACAGGCUUCGCCGCAGGCCCAGGAACCCAACUCAAACUCGCGCGCGCGGUCCUCGACGCCGGUGUAGCACGGUACAUCCCCUGGCAAUUCGGGGUCGAUUACGAUAUCAUCGGGCGCGGGUCCGCGCAGGAAUUAUUCGACGAGCAGCUCGAUGUGCGCGAUCUACUCCGUGGACAGAGCAGGACGAACUGGGUGAUUGUUUCGACGGGGAUGUUUACGAGUUUCCUGUUUGAGCCUGGGUUUGGUGUUGUGGAUUUUGAGUCGAACACGGUUGUUGCUCUGGGGAGUUUGGAGAAUCGCGUGACGGUUACGGCUGUUGAGGAUAUUGGGCGGUUCACGGCGGAGAUUGUCCUUGGAUCUCAUUCUGAAGAGGUGUUUGAAAAUAAGCCAGUGAGGGUUGCGGGGGAUACGAUUAGUUAUGGUCAACUGGCGGAUUUGGUCGAGAGGGUCACGGGGAGAAAGUUUAAGAGGAAGGUUAGAACUGUGCAGGCUGCGAGGGAGGAUCUUAAGAAGGAUCCGGGGAAUGUCUUGUACAAGUAUCAGGUUGUUUUUGGGGAGGGCAAGGGCGUUGCGUGGGAUGUCGAGGGGACGUGGAAUGUCAAGGUGGGGAUGAAAGGGGUGACGGCUGAGGAGUGGGCGAGCAGAAACUUGAAAGUGUAAUUGGUGCAUUUCUUCAUUUUGUAUCAGCUUCGAGAUUGG